UUUAACACAAGAUCUUGGCAUGAAUGUGUCCUUGGCUUGAGCACACCCUUUGAGUUUAUUUAUGGAUUUGAAUCCGACUAAUUUUUUUUUGUCCUGAUCUUCAACUCGUCGUUCUUCUGCGUCAGACCCACACGACACGCUGCUUUGGCGUCGCACUUCAUCCAGAGUGUUGUGGAUGCGCGUCUCUUUUGCGCACUGUCUUAAUACUACGCGCUAAAUCGAGCAGACGGUUAAAAAAAAAAGAAAAAAAGAAGGGCGGAUUGAGUGCAAAUUUUCGGCGAGUUCUGAGCUCCUCCCCCUCCACGAUGAAGCGGUUAACACGGAUUCUGAUAUAUUCCUAAUUUCCUGGCGCAGCGUCCUCCGUCCUAGAUGCAUACAAAGUCCACACCUCAACGCGCGUGACUCAACUUUUCCUCUUUUUUUCAAAAGAGGGGGGAAAACGGAGCUUUUUUUGGUUUCGUACACUGCCCUGGCCAUGGGAGAUCACAAAGAGCCGACCAUGGUGCAGAGGUCGAGUUCGUUUAGCAUCAAGAGCCUCCUGCUGCCGUCCAAGUUUGACAGCCAGGGCGCAGGGGUCGCGGAAAGCAGCGCGACUCCGGAUUCGGAAAAAUCCUCGGAACCGACGGAAAUGGACUCCACACCCCUGCAGCAGCGAGGUGAGGACGAAUCGGGACCGGAAGCAGUGCGAAAAAGCGGCAAACACGACAAACCGCCGUUCAGCUACAACGCGCUCAUCAUGAUGGCCAUUCGCCAAAGUCCCGAGAAGCGGCUCACGCUCAACGGCAUCUACGAGUUCAUCAUGAAGAACUUCCCGUACUACCGGGAGCACAAGCAAGGCUGGCAGAACUCCAUCCGACACAAUCUCAGCCUCAAUAAGUGCUUCGUGAAAGUGCCGCGCCAUUACGACGAUCCGGGAAAAGGGAACUACUGGAUGCUGGAUCCGUCCAGCGAUGACGUGUUUAUCGGUGGGACAACAGGAAAGCUCCGCAGGAGGUCGGCCACAUCACGGGGUAAGCUGGUGAUGAAACGAGGCCUACGUUUCGCCCCACUCGGACUCGGACUCGGCGAGCGCGCGAGUAACCCGCUUUGCUGGCAGCUGUCUCCGUUUCUGCCCUUACCUCACGCGCACUACAACGGACCCGCGCACGGGUUUCUUAACCACGGACACGCGUACGGGUCCCUGCUCCCGAGCAUGGAGCCCAUCACCAGCGGAGAUAUCACCCGCCCCGUGCUCGGACCUUCCACCUCUGGUGGAUACACCGCGAGCUCUGCGCCCACGGGAUUACUCUCAGCACACAACGGCUAUUUCGUGGCAGGAGCGCAGCAGCAGGCGCAGGCGCUCCAAACCGGCCCUGGUUACGGGAUCUCGAGCUCUCCGCCGCCACUGCUCGCGGAUUCUAGGACCUCGUUACCGUCUUUCUCCUCGAGCGGCUUUUCUGGAGUUUUGUCACAACAUAAAAGACUCGCGCCUCAUUCCUUCCUGAGCUGAGCGACUUAUUCGGGUUUAACGCACAGCAAAAAGCCGACUCUUGUAUUAACGCGUCCAGCUGGACACAAAUCAACGCUGUGAGUUUCAUCUCAGCACUAACACUUUAUUGAACACUAUAGGCUAGCUGUUAUUUCGAGUUGAAAUCUGAAUAUUUAUUAAACACCAAAUUUAAUUCAACACCGGAAUUGUUUUGCUGCGCAUCGGAACCGAGUGUCACUAAAAAAACCCUUCAAUGUGCACAUUUUCCUUUUGUGUUACACAAGGACCAGUUCUUUGUCAAUUUGUUGCUUUUUAAAAAAUAUAUAUUUAAAUAUGUAGUAAUAAUGCAACAGUAUCAGUGGUACGACGUCAUGCCAAAGGCAACACACGUUUUUAAUUAUUAUAAUUAUUACUAUUUAAAUUUCUUUGUGAGUCACUUAUCCGUUUUUUAAUCGUAUAACGUAUUUAUUGAAAAUUGAGAACAUGCCUAAAAAUGGGUCCUUUAUACUAAUGUAUACCAUACUAAUGCUAAUGCUAAUGCUAAUAAUAAUAAUAAUAAUAAUGAUAAUAAUAAUAAUAAUAAUAAUAACAACAAUAAUAAUAAUUAUUAUUAUUACUAUUAUUAUUAUUAUUAUUAUUAUUAUUAUUAUUAGUGUUAUUAUUAUUAUUAUUAUUAUUAUUAUUAUUAUUAUUAUUAUUAUUUUACGGUUGUAUUUAGCCUAACACUGUGAAUGAGCCUUAACGCGGUCAGUCAGGGUUUGCAGCAUCACGCAAGCUAAACAACAAACUCAGGUUUUCAUGCGUCCCGACAAUGAUACUGAAAUAAAAUAAUAUGUAAAAAAAAAAAAAAAAAAAAAAAAGAAAGAAAAAGAAAGAAAGAAAGAAAGAAAGAAGAAAGAAAGAAAGAACAUUUCUGAUGUAUCUACUGAGCAGCUAACGCUUCGGAUCAUUUGAUCACUUGUAUUAGUGCAGGCCUACUCAAAAAAAUAAUUAGCUAUUUUGUUUUGCACAAAAUAUUAUUACAUUUUUGUAAAUUUGAUGAAUUAUUUGGGUCUACAGAUUACGAAUAGUUGUUUCUCAUAAUUUAGCGAUCCAUUUAAGAAAACAAGGCUAUUUACCAUCCAGUACACUUUUUAUAAAUGUUUUAUUAUUGACCCUCCUUGUCAGACUUAUUUAAUCCGAUCACAAAUCCAAUUCCGUUCAGAUAUAUGUGUUUUACUCAGUGGCUUUUCGAAGAAAAAAAAUUCUUUUUUUUUUUUUGGUAAAACUUUACUUCUAAUUACAAUACAGUGUGCAUUUAUACCAGUUUGUUGGUUUUGGUGAUUAUUAUUUCUCCCUGUAUAUACAGACUGAACGUGCAGAUGGUUCAGAAUUAAAAAAUAAAGUAUUGUACUAUUUCCUUAUCA